CACUGACUCACUGAGGAAAAUGACAAUAUUAUGAUCAGAAAGGUCGUCGUGCCAGGGCCGCUAGGGGCUUCACUGAGCGUCAAGGUUUCACUGAGGGAGGAUUGCACGCAGCUUCCGCUGUUGCCACUACAGUGAGCAUACAUGAUUCACUGGUGCAAGCUGCAGAGAAAGAGCUUCAGUGAACAGAGUUGUGCAUCAGUGAUUCAGUGAUUGCAGCUGCACAGAGCUUUAGUGAUUCAGUAACCAGAGCUGCAAAGAAAGCUUCGAGGAUUCAGUACCCAGUGUUUCACAAAUCUUCAGUAAUUCAAUGACCAAAGCUGCAAAGAGAUAUUCAGUGAUUCAGUGAUUGCAGCUGUACAGGGUUUCCAUGAUUCAGUGAGCAGAGCUGUACACUGGUUCAAUAACUAGUGUUUCACAGGGCUUCAGUAAGUCAGUGAUCAGAGAUUGAAAAGGAUUCAGUGAUAGCAGCUUUACAGGUCUUUACUGAUUCAGUAACUAGUGUUUUACAAGGCAUCAGUAAUUCAGUGAUCAGCGAUUGAGAAGGCUUCAGUGAACAGAGCUGUACACAGAGUUUCAGUGCUUCAGUGAACAGAGCUGUACACAGAGUUUCAGUGCUUCAGUGAACAGAGCUGUACACAGAGCUUCAGUGCUUCAGUGAACAGAGCUGUACACAGAGUUUCAGUGCUUCAGUGAACAGAGCUGUACACUGAGUUUCAGUGAUUGCAGCUGUACACAGAGCUUCGGUGCCUCAGUGAUGAGUGUGUCAGGUGGAGCAGCCGUCAUCGGAAAUGAGCUGGGAUGCAAGCUCAGUACCACCUCCAUGAGUGAGGUGUGCCGCAUAUGCCUGUCAGGUACGUCGCAGGGAGAGCUGCUACAUCCGUGUAUGUGCAUGGGUAGCGUGCGAUACUGCCACAACCGCUGCCUCAUGAAGUGGAUAACUGCUUCCAACUCGGAGAAGUGUGAACUGUGCGGUGCUGACUACGUCAUGAUCAGCCGAGGUCUGAAACCCAUGAGAGAGUGGCAGACGCUCGGCAUGACCGUCCUCGACGCCGUGCACGUUCUCUUGUUCCUGCUCGCCUUCUGCAUGCUCAUCGGCUCGCUCGGCUGGUUGCUAUGGUUACUCGUCAGCGACGACGAGCGCGCGCGGCGGGAGCGCGACUCCGAGCUCGCCUUCGUCACGUACUGCGUCUACGGCCCGCUCGACGUCCUCUGCUUCUUCAUCGUCGUCCUGGAAACGAAGUUUCACUGGUGGCGCGCUCGUCGCGCGCUGGCCCCCGCCUCCAAACAUGCGCAUCGCCGUCGGUCAACGCGCCGGCGCGGGGCGCGGGCGGUGGGCCCGCGAGCGGCGGCGCGCGAACCGUCGCGGCCGGAGACCCGAACAACAACGGUCGCCGCGCGAAACGGCGGAGGCGGGCGCGAGGAAGGACGCGGACGCGGUCGCGCCGUCGACGGUCGUUGCUGCAUCUCGACGGCACGAGUCGCAUCGGCAAGCCGGCAUGCGCGGCCGGUGCGCGCGCGCGCGGCCGACGACGAGACCUUGCGUGCGGCGGGUCGGUUGCCACGAACGACGACGACCGCGCGCUAG